UUUUCGAUAUAGAUCUACCUUGAGUUGAGAGCAGUUAUCACCAUGGGUCGUACUUUGUUAGUGUUUGCGUUUCUGGUGGUUGUGAUUGGGAUGGUGUGCGCAGUGCAGCAAUGCGGCGACGGCUACACCCGACGCGGGUAUUAUGGCAACUGCUACAAAGUAUCGCUUCAUCGAGACUUGUGGAUCCAGGCACGGGAAAGAUGCAGACUUGAAGGAGGCUGGCUGGUCACUAUCAGGAACGGAGUUGACCAGAACUGGGUCACCGACUUCUACCAAAGACACAGUCCUCGUCCGUGUUCUGAUGGUUACUGGAUUGGGGCGAAUGAUAUCGGAAAUGAGAAAAGCUGGGUAUGGGAUGAAAAUGGAGAUCCCGUUACUUACACCAACUGGCAGCCAGAGGAGCCAAACAACCACAACGGACGCGAGGAUGCCGCUGAGGUACGCAUGUCGGACAGCAAGUGGAACGACAUGGAUCAUCUCACAGGAGACGAGCGUUGCUACAUUUGUGAGAAGCCCCCGUCCUCCUGUUAAAAAUCCAACUAAAGCCCCGGCGUAUGAAUAGCGAUGUUUGUUCAAAGCUUCAAUAAUACAAUUUUGAUAGUAAAUCAUAUGUUGUGCUGGUC